UUCCCUUUCUCAUAACCACAAUUCCCCUAAUCUCUCAUCUCAGAACCCUCUAAAAACCCGAAAAAACCACAAUGUCCGAUCUCACCACCACUGAUUCCGCCACCAUCAUGGACCCCAAGCCCCUCCACCCCCUCCACCAAAUAGCCGAAAACCCAACACACAAGCUCCUCCUCAAGCAAUGGCUCAAAGAGGAGGAACUCAUCCUCACCCGAGUCUCCAACAAAGAAACUCAAAUCGACUCGAUUCGUAAAGAGAUCACUCAGCUCUACUGCCUAUUCUUCCUAUUCCACUCCACCUCACUGAUCCUCUUGUUCACUACCUCCUCUUCAUUCAGUGGCAGCACCAAGGGGUGUCAGAGGUCCUGGAUCCCCUCGGUCUGCUCAUUGGUGUGCUCUUUGGGGAUUAUUUGGGCUGUGCGGUAUAAGACCGAUGUGGAGGCGCAUUUGGAGAGGAUGUUGGAGAGGGAGAAGGAGGAUGGGAAGCUGUUGGGGAAGUGUGUGGAGGAGCUGAGGAAGAAGGGGGCGGAGUUUGAUUUGUUGAAGGAGGUCGAUGCGCUGAGGAAGGCCAAGAGCUUGAGAGUCGAAUCGAGGACGGUGAAGAAGUGGGAAGCUAGGGACUUUGUUACCUUGUUUUUUGUUGGUGUGGCUUGUUUGGUUCUUGGCCUCACUAGGGUCAUUCUGUGCAACUAGAUUCAAGAACUGGAUUGUUUUGAAGAAUUUCGUGUUGAUCAGGCCUCUGUGGUUGUCAUAGUUUGCGAAAUGUAUAGGUGAAGAAAGGUAUAGUAGAAUACAUAAUUCUGCUGUUGGAAUGUGGAAAUACCUAUAUAGAAUUGAAUUGAAGUGGUACUUUGAAAUCUAUGCUUGUUUUCUUCUUCAUA